GUUGCAUACGAUUUUCGUCUGCUCCCAAAGACCCCAAAAUUCCUGUUUGUUUUGUAUAUAUAUGCAUUAUGAAACUAAAGAAUUUGUGAAAAUCCCGGUUUUUUUUCUAUUGUUUUUGUUACUAGGACUCAAUUUCAAAAAGACUAAUUAAAUAUGUACAGAAUUCACGCACCUCUUUAUCGGCUCCCGUUAUGGGAAAUGACUAACGAUAUUAUCUUGUUCCCCCACUUUGGGCCCAAGCUCGCAUUUCUGGCCAGAGGCCAACGGGGAUUUGCUACAGCAGAACCCAAAGAAGUGAUUGAUUCAGGACCGUUGGCCACAUACCAGGCAAGAAUCAAAUCAGGCCACCUGUUGGAAGACAAGCAUCAACUACAAGCCAUUUUAAAACUCCAGGACACAUUUGAUUCGAUCCAGGGAUACACACCCGCCAACCAACCUGGUUUGCUUUCCAGAUGGCUUGGCAUACGGAAAGAAGUUGAUGCCCCCAAAGGCCUCUACAUCCACGGAGCUGUUGGGGGUGGCAAGACCAUGAUCAUGGAUCUGUUCCACGACACAGCGCCGACAGACAAGAAGAAACGCGUCCACUUCAAUUCUUUCAUGCUGGACAUUCACCGGCGCAUCCACUCGCUCAAGAACAAUUUCGUUCGAAACUCUGGCGAUAAAAAUUCACGAGCCAAUCAUUACGAUCCCAUCCCGCCUGUGGCGUCAAACAUUGCCGAAGAGAGUUGGCUCAUUUGCUUUGAUGAAUUUCAGGUGACAGACAUUGGAGAUGCUAUGAUCCUGAAGAGACUCUUCACCGAACUCUUUUCUCGCGGAGUUAUCGUGGUAGCAACGAGUAACCGCCCGCCGGAAGAUCUGUACAAAAACGGACUUCAGAGGACCAAUUUCCUGCCUUUCAUACGAGUCCUUACUGAUCACUGCAACGUUCAUUGCCUCGAUUCGGGCAUCGAUUACCGUCAGCUAGCAGCGGCCAGCGGUGGACAAAAGUUUUACUUUUCGUCUGAAGAUGGUCGAGCUGAAGAGGAAGUCAACCGAUUGUUCAAAUUGUUGUGUUCCAAAGAAAACGACACGGUCCGGUCGCGAUCUUUUAUCGUGCAAGGAAGACACGUGACUUUCAACCGGGCCUGCGGCCGGGUACUCGAUUGCCAUUUCGAAGAAAUUUGCGAUCGACCCCUGGGAGCUGUCGAUUACCUGCAAUUGAGCAAAAUUUUUCACACAGUUAUCGUUCGCGGUGUACCACAAUUAAACUUGAAAAUCAAGUCUCCCGCUCGACGGUUCAUUACGUUAAUCGACACGUUGUACGAUAGCAGAGUCAGGGUCAUAAUCAGUGCAGAACGGCCCUUGUCUCAAUUGUUUUCCAAAGAGAAAGAUGAUGCACAUCAACAGUCACUUUUAAUAGACGCUUCAAACAUCGAAGGCAACCAGGGGGCUAGCAUUUUCACGGGAGAAGAGGAACUAUUCGCCUACGACCGGACAGUUUCCAGACUGAGUGAGAUGCAAACACAAGAGUACUGGGCCAUGUGGGACCAAUCUAGCUAACAAAAAUUGUAAAUUAACCCAAAAAAAUUUAGGAAAAAUAAAAAUGAAUAAACGAUUUGAAAUUGA